AUGAAGGCCGAUACUGCGGGGUUCAUUCACACCCCACUGGGUACUGAUGAACACUACAUCCGACUUCUCAAAUUUGACUCUACCGCCCCAGAGAAACCUCUCAAAUUCUCUCUCAUAACAUGCAAAUUCGCAGAGAAACCUGCUCACAACAGCCUCUCCUAUGAAUGGGGAACUGUCGCAGCCGACCAUCUGAUCCUCGUCAACGAUCGGCCCUUCUUCAUCCGGGAGAACCUGCACAGCUUCCUGAAAGUGUUAGCCACCAGUGCUUACAGAGAGAAUUAUUUCUUCGCGGACGCAAUUUGUAUCAAUCAGGUGGACAUUCCCGAGCGUAACGUCCAGGUACAGCGAAUGGGCGAUCUUUAUGCACAGGCAGAGAAUGUGCUCGUCUGGCUUGGGCACUCUACAGCCGAGAGUGAUUUUGUCUUCGAUGUAUGCAUUGAUUCAGUAGCGAACAGCACCAUCGCCACGACCAAGCUGGGGGAGCAAAAGGAUAGAAUCGAGGCCCUUGAUUUCAACGCGCCCGACGGACAGGCCCUGGAUACAGUAUACCAACGGUCAUACUGGACAAGACUGUGGAUCAUCCAGGAGCUAUUCCUCGCGCGAAACAUUAUCCUAUUUUGUGGAUCAAAGUCGACAACAUGGUCAGUCUUUAGGCGGCUCCCGAGGUGGAACAAGGGCGAGUUUGUCCUGGGAGGCUUCACGGGAGUUGAUAUGGUCCUUGGGAGCACACCGGCCGGACGGCAUGCAAGAGAAAUUCUCAAUGAGUUGGACAAGAGGCAACAGGGAAGAAGCACCUAUGAAGACAAAGGGAUCGUCGACUUGACUCUGAAAUUUGGUCUGGCUCAGUGUUUCGAUGUUCGCGAUCGUGUCUAUGGUCUGCUUGGUCUCGCUAGCGCAUCCGGUAAACACGAGGAAGAUGGAGGCCUUGAGGUCGUCGCGGACUAUUCGGAGAGCCCAAUGUGUCUAUUCGUGCGCCUUUUGCGUACCAUGCCACGUGAGCUCCGUAUUGAAACCGCACUAAAGCUCUUCAACAUUCUGAAGCUGCACCAUGCUCACGAAAGUGCAAUUGUUGGAAACAUUCCAGACAGCGACAGCAACUUCAACAUUUCUUUCGACGUCUAUUUUACCCAUAUAGGACAUCUCAGACAUGUGACUCAAACCUCUCGACCUUCCUGCAGACCUUGCCGCAGCUGGGCAAGGCAAUCUGUUCCAUUUGUGAUGAACGAGUCCCUGCACCAACAGCUGGCAGGAAAGACUUGCUCGCAGAUAAAAACCGCUGAAAGUCAAAGUGCUAUGGCCAGACAUGGUGGCGGGCCUCUAUAUAAAAUGAUGUCUUAUAACAGCUGCGUAACUGAGUCCGGCCCUUGUGAAGGAGAUGAGGUUUUCCUUCUGGAAGGUACAAGUGUCGUCCUAAUCCGACAUCAAGAUGAUUCAGGUUCUACGCUACGUUACAUGCGGGGUGUUCUCUGCAGCACAGAAAGGGAGCAAAGUAUUCAGAGAGCCGGGGAAUUGCUCGAUAGCUGCCUCUCGUAUUUACCAUCUAUCGAUGAGGUAUGUCUCAGGACUGAGAGGCAUACGAUAUGGACUCUAGUGAGCCCGGUUGAGUUUGUCUAUGAGGAGCUGAGUCUGCGACAGAUUAUAUUGCUUCUGAUAUAUACUGGACAACACAGCGAUUAUUGGAAUCGGCGGUUAGAGGCUACUUCUAGCGACUAA